AUGGUCAACUGGAAAGAGCUGGGCGAAGUCCCAGAUUCGGAGGAGGAAGGCUUCGAUGGGACAGAAUCCGACACAACGCUCGCGUCACGAGGGAUUUCGAAGCAAGUCUCAGUCGGGCGGACCAAGGAUAUAUGGGACUUUCCGGAUUCCCAAGAAGAGGUUCUACCUGAGCCGCUGCUUGAGGCUGGACCGCUGCUUCCUGUCCCAAGAAACCUCAGACUUCCAAGCUCGUCACCUUUGUCCUCGGUAUUGUCCUCGGCGCUGUCCUCAGCACUGAGCGAGCCAGAACUGCCUUCCGUCGGCGACGUAACCAUUCUCGGCCGCCGUAAGCUCAUCAACGAUUCGAUCUCUUCUGAGCUCGGCGAUGCCAGCCCGAAAUCCGAAACAACAGCACACAAACAAAACUCGCUACCAUUAACGAAUGACCCCGUCGUCGAGUCGGCAAAUCUAUUCCGCGAACAGAGGUCCACCUCACCGUUGCAAACGGCGUAUCUCGGCCCAAGCACAAGCAACCACAAUGCCCGGCAGAUAGCUGUGCGCUAUGAACGAUCUCUACGACCCCGGAAGCCGAUCCAGGAACAUCCAUACCUAUUGGAGAGUGCGCAGUAUAGCAAGCUUUUCAAAAAUCACGGUGUCCAGCCUCUGCGUAUACCAGACAAUCGCGAACGACGAUCAGAUGCGUCGAAGAAGCAUAGCUCCGUUCAGGGUGGAACGCGAGAGUCCUCGCCGUGCGAAGCGCGAGUUGCAAGCCAAAUGAAUCGAUCAUACGGCUCAUCGAGCGACUUGGACGACUUAGAAAUUCCGUCUUCGCCACCAAGGACGUCACCCGCCGCUCGUAAUCUACGCAGCAGUCAGAUGAGCUCACAAGGAGAAUCAGACAAUACCAGUGUUCCAGACCAAGAUCUGCCCGCCCUUGACGACUUGUUGAAACUGCCUCCUCGUCUCAUUUCGAAGACGGCAAAAAAACGACGAGUAUCGUCCCCUUCAACCACCACCCGCACCCAGAAGAAAAAUAAAGUAAAUAUUGCCGAAAGUGGCACCGCAGAGCCCAGCACCAUUCUCAGCGGCAAUUUGCACACCCCAAAUCUCUUGAAAACGCCGCUGCACCCGAUACAUCACCACUCGAGCAUCCACCAGUCUGCAGCAUCUCAAACCCAUCGUUCGCAUUUUCAAGCCGAGCCAUCACACAUCGGCACUUUGCCGCUGCCGACCAAGUCUGUUGCUUAUAUCUCGUCAGAUGAUGAAGAGGACACGCAGUCUCGAGAUGUAUUAACCUGCAGCAAUGACUCGUCCAGCUUGGAUGACUCUGAAAACGAUGAAGAGGUCGUCCAUCACAUGCGUCGACAUAUCAAAGGGGUCCUGCCAGCGUCCUGGGUGCGCAUUGAUCAACAGUCAACUCGCAACAGAACACAAGGAGAUGUCCGCAAGCGACGUCGACACCAGUCUCCGGACCAAGACCGUCGACGGGGAGUUGCUAAAACGAGAAAAGGCGUUUCUGGCUUAGCCACUGUCCAAGCCUUGUACGACGAGUCCGAUGAUGAGGGUGAUGGACACGGUGCUCCAGCAGAACGCGACGAGCUCCUGCGUGAAGAUGAAUUAUCGCGCGACUCAUCAUUGCAAACAAUCUCUCAACUGAUCAUCUCAGACGAUCAAGAUUCAGUAGUCGAAGAUGAUCAAAUUGACUAUAUGCUCCCCGGGAAGUCGAGGACAACCCAUCAGUUGAAGCUUCCAAAGUCUUACAAACAAAUCCGAAAUCGGCGCAGAGAAACUAUUCGAUUGGAAAGGCCCGGACUGCGAAAAGAAUCGAGGCAACCGAAGUUCACUAGCCAUUCGCAUCAGAAGAGAGGCAAGGAUCGACCAAAGCGAUAUCGCAACACGAAAGCAUCAAACAAGGCGAAGCCAUCAGUUCUCCAACCAGGGCAGAGAAGGAUUUCCGGGAUACCUUCGCCUCCUCAGCUGAGCAUCUUGGAUGUCAUCGAGCCCAACGCCCCGCGUUUCUUGAAAAUUGCAGCUCGAACGGCAAAGACGCGGCCGUGUCAAGGUAGAUCUAGUCCUGGAAGAAAGACGAUCCAGCUCGCUACUAGACAUGACCACAUUGAUGCGGCAUCUGUGCUGCAGGACUGGCGAACGGGAUGUUUUCAGCAGCGUCACUCCGUCACUGAUGCAGAAACCCAUGUGCAAAAACGACGAGCUCAGCCGGCGAAAGAAAUCUCGGUAGACAGGGCGACAACUCGAAGGACGCCCAAGAGACCAUCCACAUUGUCCCGCAAAUUCGUCAAGCUUGUUGAUGAAGGCGGGUCGGUUCACUAUCUGCCAAAUGAGAGUUCGGCGAUGCCCGAAAUGCAAAAAAUACAGUCAAAACGCGGUAUGCCAAACACCAAAGCGAAUUCGAUGCGACCGGCUCAGCUCGAAAUAAAUGAAGUCGACCAAGGGACUAAGGGUGCAUUCCAUGCCAGGAAGAGGUUCCUUGACCACCUCUAUCGAAACCAAUCGCUCCCAGUGCCAGCACUUCGAACGAUGUCUUCCGAGGGCAUUGACAUCCCCACGCCGUCCCCCGAGAGCACGCCUUCAUCUGCCUCAAGGUUGGGGGGUUUUCGCGACGUCCAUGAUCAGCAAACGCAAGCAUCUCGGCCCUUGCGUCGGCGGAAGAGUAUGAAGCCUCGCCGCCUGGACGUCGAAUCAGCCGAGUAUCGUCAUGCGAAAGAUCCUCUCUCGAUUGGGUAUUAUUCACCAGGGUCCCCGAAAAUCCAUCUGGACAAGGAUAAGAGUAGAAUACAGGGCCUAGGACCGUAUGGAACAAAAUACACUCACCACUUCGACAUCUUUCCUCUAGAUACAACUGUCUAUUUUCACGAGACGACACUUGUUGGCAGUGGUGUGAUUGAUGCCAGUGUUCAGCAUGACCUUUUCGAGAGCUCAUCAAUUUCUCGCCCACGAAUAUCCUUUGAUCUCGGCCAGCAGACUUUACGAUGGGGAUUAUGGGACUCCGAGCUGUCUUCAGAACUUGGAAUUGUCCUAGACUUUGUUUUCGAACAACUGGAAGCCGAAGGCGACGAAGCCAGAAUAGUCUCUGGCCACAAGCUUGCUGUGGAUGCGACGAUGUUCAUCUUGAAAUAUGUCAAAGGCUCGAUUUACUUCUCAGACAAAGAGAGUAUGGCGUCAUUCGCUGUCCGUGUUCUGGAAUGCGUGGGUUCCUUCGAUAAGCGCAUCAAAAUUCGACAGCAGCAGUUGGCUAUGGGUUCCAGGUCGACUUUGGAAGUAUCGCUGGCGAUUUACGAUCGACUCCUUGUGGUUAUUCUCACCGUUUUGGAGCUAUGUCGCCGUGAAGAGGCCUUACUCUCUGAAUGUUUCCAAUUGGAGGAUCUACUGAGAGACGCUGCCAGAACAUCACUGUCGACUCUCAACGGCCUUGGUACGGACGACCUCAAAAGGACAUUUGAGGACCUGCGCAUGCGUCGAUUUAGAGAGCGCGGGCUGAGAGAAGACGCCCACGCCAUUCACUCCUGGGUGGUAGUGAUGCAAAUCUUGGAGGUGGCGUGUAUUCCCCGGGCAUCAUUCUGGGAACUGGCACAGACAAUCAUUGUGCCGCCCCAAGUGGGUUCAAGCACUGAUGCAAGCCACUAUGAACGCGUCUGGCAAUCGAUGUUUUACCUUCUUCCGCUCACCGAGUUCAACAGGACGGGAGUUAUCAUUCCGGGUCACCGACGUGAGACGGCAGGCGAGGGUUGGGUUAUUCCACAAAAGCUCCUGAGACGGGUAUUUCAGCUUUAUGAAGAGAAUGAACGACAGCCCGCUGGUUUCAUUGACUAUUGCAAAGCGCUCGUUGGUCGGUGCCAUUGGCUGGUUCAGCAGUGGAGUUGGCGGCGUUCCAUGCCUGUCGUGGGAAUCAUUUUCGACUUUUUCGGUGCCCAAGACCUCGCUCAUCUUCACAAUGAGGAAGGCUACGAAUCCCCUCGAUUCCUACAAGAACUGUCGAGAUCCCCAACAUUGGAUGUGGAGCCGAACGACAAGUGUUAUCACAUCUUCCUAAAGCUAGUCGGCCUCAGCAUUCGGAGACUUAGGGAGGUUGGUGCCAUCAACGACAUUCGCAACUUGGUUGUGAGGACGACGCCGAAUCAUAAUCGUCAACAUCUCAAGGAGCAGAAUGUCCAUACCCGCGACCUGGCUGCUCUGAGGAAUCAUCACGACCUUCUCGCAACCCUUUUCUGGGCAUCACCUGCCGAGCUGCGCCCAAAAGUUUCACAAAUCGAGGAUCUUGUCAACCCGGAAAGCUCUCACAAAGAAGCUUGCCUGAUAAAUAUUCGGUCCUGGGGCCAGCUUGCGAGAUUUGUCGUUGCAGCUGGCGAGGCAACGACGUCAUUUAGGCCCUUUAGCCGAUGGCGCAACGUAUUCUUCCAACGAGUACUCCGUCAGCUAGACUCGGUGGCGUCCGAUGUUCAGCAGCAAGUUCUGUCCUUGUCGAAAGAUGCCAACAACACGAUCAGCGAAGUGUUAAUCAACGACACGGUUUCGAGGAACAGAGCAGCCAUCAUGGACGUUGUUUACGCUUCAGUAUCCGAAUCGUUUCAUGUCAUGAGGGAAGCGGUUGACCUUGAAUCAGCUAGCUUCUCCAUGAACAUGCCUCAGCUGCAGAGCGUUUUCAGGAAAUUUUGCAUUUCUCAGCCAGAACUCGACUGGGCGAUUCUCCGAGCGGCCCUUGAUACGCUGGACUCAUUCCUCGACAGAGUUGACGAGUUCAGGGAGAAUGAGGAGAGCCAACAGAGCGAAAGUCGAAUACUGCAUUCUGCACAAGCGGAUGAUGCGUUGAUGAACUUGGAACACGAAUUAUCGGCAACCUUUUUCCUCAUGGCUCGCUCUUUGCUGUCGUCGCAGGACGAAAGAAUGGCAUCACCAAUAACUCGGAAAAGCAAAUCCGACUGCCUGGAGCACAUGGUGAUGCUUGCAGCAAGACUAGGUUCCAUGCUCAGUAGCAGCGGUGCUAUGGAGCUACCGGAUAUGUUCGCGGCUGGUCGGUAUGGGCUGUUUGACGGUCCCGCUCAUAAACUGGACCUGAGCCAACGGCAUUAUCUGGUCCUCUUCCUACAGACCCUUCUCAAGCACGACCCGGGUAGUCUCUUCGAUGCGAGCUUCAAUUUGAUUGAGCUGUGGGCCCUGGCGCUCGUGAAGCCGCGAGAAUUCCUCGGAUACGAGAACAAGCUUGCACAGCAACUCCAUCGAAGCGGCGCAAACUUCGUCCCGGAUGGCGUUGUAGGUCUGACCGUUACACCGGCCUACAGUACGAAUCGAGACAUGCUCGAGUUUGCCGUCUCUCAAAUGCGCAGGUCCAUUCGCGAUGCCGGACCGUCGCGCAGGCAAGGCCUGAUGGAGAAACACUCAAAGACGCUGCAGCUCCUCAUGGAACAAAUCAAAGGAGACCUUCAUAUCACGUCCCUCGAUGCGUCGGGUCACCACAGCUAUGUGAUCUUCAUUCAGAGUGUCGUCUCCUUGAUCAAGGCGCAUGGAUCCGAGAUACGCCCGGUGGACAAUUUCUUCUACCAGGUCUCCAAGGAAUAUUCUCCUUCUGUUCAGGAUCCACAGCUUCACGUCGCCGGACUGGUCUCGUAUGGAUUGCGACUGUUGGAAGGAGACACCCGGAGCGGGCAGCAACUGUUUUAUCUCCUGCACAGCAACCUUAAGUUCGCAAUGAUCAACGACAAGCUGAGACAAGAAGUCAUCAUGUUGAAAAGUGGGAUGAAGAAUCGAGGGAUUUCGAAUUUUAUCUUGGGCAAGAUGAUGCCAGCCGUCAUCCGAGCGACGUUCAACAACAGCUCUGCCUUCCCAAUCAUGGACGUCUACGCAAAGCUGCUGAGCCUGCACUUGGCAGGAAAGACAGCGCCUUACGAGAUGGGUGCAGAUGAUCUACCCAACAUAGCUGUGAUUCUGCGUGCUUCGAUGGAGGGGAUGGGGAGCUGGGGGCGGCAUGACAUGAUGCUAUCCGCGGCAAAUGUUCACUUCCUCAGGCAGUUGAUUGCAGUCCUGAACCUGCUGUGGCCAUCGAUAGAUGUCAUGUCCUGGUCGGUCGAUGUUUCGUCGCCUGACUGGAAGGAGAUUUCAAAGUCUUGCGAGAUGAUGCAGAAGAUAUUGACCAACGCAGAUGGGUACUUGGAUGGUCUCCUUAACGCUGGCACCAGCCUGAACACUGCAGCGUCCAAACUGCUUCUCCGUGGCUCGUCCCACUCGCCGUCACAUCAGUUCGGCUCGGAUAUCAGAAUGUUCACCGACAACAUAGUGGAGGAUAUUGCGAAGAAUUGGGUCGUCUCAACCCACCGCAUCAUCAUUCAGACACCCGCAGGCAGCCGAGGGAGGGAGGCCGCGCAAGGCAUGGCAAUGCCAUCAUGGGACAUGACGAGACUCUUGCGAGACCUGCAAGGACGAACAAGGGGAUGGUGCAGUUGGUGGGAAAGAGUGUUUGGCAAUUCUCCAUGCGGGCAAUGGAAUAUGCCGGAAAGCCCCCUUUUUUAA